AUGCCUCCCGCCAAGAGUUGGCAACCCCGCCAAAUUAAUCAUGCCCGUCUCACACGUGAAAAUGAUAUGAAUUCGCUUUUGUUUUUACGGUUUUUUUUUACGUUUUCUUUUUUCUCGUUUUUGUUUAUUUGUUUCCCUUUUCCUUUCCACCAAAACCAUUGUUUUUUCCCUUUUUUCUCACCUUUUUGUUUCUUUUUUCUUUUCAUUUGUUUGUUCCCCCCCCCCCCACCUACACACUUUUUUUUUUCCCUUGCUUGUUUUUUUUCCCCCUUUUGGUUGUUUUUUUUUUUCUUUAAGACUUUCUUGUUUUUCUUUGUUUCUCCCUCCCCAAUUUUGUUGUUGCUAUUUUGGGACGUUCCUCUUGAUUAUUAUUAUGGUUUUCUUUUUCUUUCUUUUUUUUUUGUUGAUGUUCUUUUUUUCUUUUUUUUUUUUUCCUUUUUCUUUUCACUUCUUUUCUUUUUUUUUUUUUCACUUUUUUUUUUUUUCUUUUUCUUUCACUUUCUUUUCUUUUCUUUCUUUUCACUUUUUUUUUCUUUUUUUUUUUUUUUUCUUUUCUUUUUCUUUUCUUUUCUUUCUUUUCACUUUUUUUCUUUUCUUUAUUUUUUUCUUUUCACUUUUCUUUUCUUUUUCCUUUUUUUCUUUUUCUUUUCUUUUCUUUUCUUUUCUUUUUCUUUUCACUGA